CCUAGAUAAACAAGGAAAUUCGAUCAAUUUUCAGAGCUGCUGAGGAUCGCCCAAGUUUUUUGACGUUAUCCUACCUGAUUUCAAAAUUGUGGGGGUGACAGAGUGAAAUGUUUAUAUCUAAUUAUUAUGUAGUGUGAAUCAACUCUUCAUCAUCACACAAGUUCCCGGAAAUUCCAGCAUUACGUAUUCUAUCUGAUUUAUCUUUCAAAUAUCCCAACAAACUAAGCAACAGUAGACAAAAUGCCUGCUCCUGCUGCUGCUCCUGCAGCAGAAAAUGGCGUCCCCAAAACAGAAUUACAGGAACUUCAGGCAACGAUAGGUACAGCAACAGAUGAGUCACUGGAAUCAACAAGGCGGAUGCUUGCACUCUGUGAGGAGAGCCACGAGGUGGGGAUGAAAACCCUGGUCAUGCUGGAUGAACAGGGCGAACAAUUGGACAGAAUCGAAGAUGGCAUGGAUCAGAUCAACACCGAUAUGCGAGAGGCUGAAAAAAACUUGACGGGUAUGGAAAAAUGUUGUGGUCUCUGUGUACUUCCAUGUCAAAAGGGUUCUUCCUUCAAAGAGGACGAGGGAACUUGGAAAGGUAACGACGACGGCAAAGUGGUCAAUAACCAACCACAAAGAAUGAUGGACGAUCGCAACGGUUUGGGCCCUCAGGGAGGCUACAUCGGCCGCAUCACCAACGACGCCCGCGAAGAGGAGAUGGAGGACAACAUGGGGCAGGUGAACACCAUGAUCGGCAAUCUACGUAACAUGGCCAUCGACAUGGGCUCCGAACUUGAGAACCAGAACAGACAGAUCGACCGCAUCAAUCUCAAGGCCGACUCGAAUGCAACGAGGAUAGAGGUCGCCAAUCAACGUGCUCACGACCUCCUCAAGUAGACACUUCUAAACAACACAAACACUUCAAUAAUAUUAUUACUAUCAUCAUUAUUAACCGACUGUAGUUCUGAAUCUUCGGAGACCUUAAAACUUGCAAACAUAUCUAUCGAUUUUCAUUUCAACACUAAUUACCAUCUUAGACUAGUCAUUAUCCGUUGAAAGCGAAUCGGCGGUACUAGGGAAGUUUAUUCCAUUAUUUUCCACUGAAAUGUUUCGACAUUUCACUGGUUUUCCAUCAGCGCGUGACCUUAAAUUUGUGCUUCCAGAGUUGUCAGUGUUGAGUUGUCGGCCAACUCGGAAACAAACUUCUCUGUUUGAUAUUAUGAAACAUUGCUUUUUGUCUUAAGCUUUAACAGUUCAACAUUAGGCUUGGGCAUUUGUUCUAAGAAAAAUUGGGUAGUAGAUUUUUUCUAAAAGUAUUUCACGUGUGUCGUGAAAUAGCCAUCUCAUGUUUUCGUUUAUAUUUAUUUCAAGACCGUGUCGAAGGUUAUUUCGAUAAAUCCCCAAAUGACAAAUACUAAGUGGCAUUGUAAUAUUCUCGAUGAGUAGGGUUCAAUUUGAAGUGUCUCGAUUGUUUAAAAUGAGAUUCAGAGCUGCAAGUCGAAUGUUUACCAUCAAUUUUGUAUGUAAUCUGUUGGUUAGGGAGAGAGCAACGAAACGCGCAUCGCAGUGGCAAACCAGCGUGCCAACAAACUCCUCAAGUCUUAAGAGGGAUACGAGUCAACCUUUUGUUUCGCUCAUAUUUCCUGCUCUGUAUCAUUUGUACGUGUUAACUUUAGGCUUGUUAGCUAGAUUUCACUUCAAGGGACUUGGUGUUGUUCAAAUAUCUAUAAUGUGAUUGGUGGAUGCUAUGUUGUUUUGUUUGAAAGAUCCUAUCAUUAUCAACAUCAUAAUGUCUACCAGCAGCAAAAUAUGCAAUAACAAAAUUAUAGAGUCUAUCCUAAUGACUCUUUUAUUAAAUAUACAUAAUCUAAAUAAAAUAUGCGUAAGUAAAUUUAAUGCAAUGAUAGAGAUUAAAAAAUUGAUGUCGUUUAAACAGAACAGCAUAGUUGGAAUUAUAAAAAUUCUUCUUAUAAUUCUCUUUGAUAAAAUUGAAAUCAAAUGCAAUUUGAUUGUGAUACAUUGUCCAUCAUUUAGAAUUGUUGAGAAAGAAUAUUAUAAAAAUGUUGAAAUUUAAAGAUUAUAAUGAUGAAAUCAGAUUGAUAUUGAUUGGCAGAUUUUAGUGAUAAGUUCAAAUAGCAAAUUUUUUCGAUAAUUCUCCUAGUUUUACAUUUUUCAUUCUGGAAUAUUGAUUUUAAUCCUUCACCUCAUUAAUAUGUAGUUUUUGGUAUGUACUAGUCAUUUUUAAGGCGUAACUACUUACGAACAAAGAAGUAUUUGAUUAUUUGAUAGACUUGAAACUUAAAUGAACUUCCACGUUAUCAGUACGAAAAUUAAUAAUCUAUUUCAAAGUCAAAGUAGAGAAUGCUUUGAAUGAGGCUCAUUUUUUAAAUUUUUAGAAUAUUGAAAGUUAAAAAACAUUAGGUGCUAUAGAUUAAAGUAGUUUUUUGUAUUUUGUCAGUUUAUUGGUACCUUUUUGUUAUCAUGUGCUUGUCGCAUUAUCAUUUUCAAAUAAAUACUUCACUGAAAGAAACACCUAUAUAAGUAGUAUAUUCAAGGGACACCAAAUAUCUAGAGAAAUAUGGAAAAGAAAGUAAAUUUUAAUUUAUGAGUUAUUCGUGAAUUAUUGUAUUACCUGUUUCAUUUAUUGUUGCUUAACUAUUAAGAUUAUUUUGCUGGAAGGUAUAUAUUCUGUUGUUGGAUUGCAACAUUUAAAUUUAAGUGUUAUGGAUGAAGGUAUUAUGGAGAUCAGGAAUAUUUGGUUCCUAGAAGUAAAAUGCAAUAACUAACCUUUUUAUCAAAAAAUUCAUUGAAUGUAGAAAAAAGUACUGAAUGAUUUACAUUUUUCACUGGUUAUAAAUAUUGCAGUUUUCAUUGUUUUUUUUUAUUAUUUCUCAAUCCAAAUCUACCAGACUUGAUUUUGAUGUUGGUGCAAUAAAUAAAACAAGAUUAUAAAAUGAAUUGUCCUGCUGAUGCAUAAGGUUAAUUAACUAUUGAGAAUUGAAAUAUAGAAAAAGAUGUGUAAAUUAUUGUGUAUAUAGGUAUAGAGAUUCUGACCUUCAGAGCAAUCACAAGUUUCAGGAAAAUCUUUCUCUAAUUGCCUCUUUGUGGAAUCUCACUUAAAUACUGAUCAAAAUAGAAUUAUUCUUCAUUGAAAAAGUUUAACAAAUAUAUCAUUCUUGAAAGACAAUAAAUUACCAAAUGCUGAAUACAUGAGCAAAGUUGGGUCAAUGUUUACUCUAACCUGUGUUUACAUGAUGAAAUCUUAGUAAUAAUUCACUUAACAAUAUCUUCACUUAUUUCCAGAAUAAGGAUUUCAUAUUGGUCAAAUAAUUGCAAAUCCCAACAUGUAUUUCUAUUAACACUUCUGGAAACUAUAUCAUGAAUGAUCAAAAUGUGUAAUUUGUAUAUCAGAAGGUCAGAUUCGAAAGAUCAUUGUAACACCAUAUUAAUGAACGAUUUAUUUUAUGGAAAAUUUUAUACCUCUUAUAAUGGGAUGCAACAAAUAUAUUAUGUUGGAAUAUUUCCCACAGCAUAAAAUAGGUGUUAUCAUGAUAUACUGUAGUUUUACUUUCUAUUUUCUAUGUGACUUUUGCAAGAUAAUUUUCUAUGUAAACAAGGGAAUCAGAAGUACGAAAGAAUCUGUUUGUUUCCUCAGAUUAUUUGUAGGAUUACAUUCAUUACUCAAUUUUUCAAUAUGAAGGGGUGAUAUUUUACUUAGAUCUUGUUGAUAAGGAAAGAUUAUAUCAUUAAGCGCAAAGUAUCAUAAUUUGUACCAAUAAUAUCCAGUUUUUGAAAUAGAUAUAAAUAAAUAGCUUACCUACAUUUGUAGUUGGGCCAUAUAGUUAGUGGCUUUCAGUAAUAAAAAAAAAUAGUGUGACGUUUAUAAUGCAUAAAAAAUAAUAUUCUAAUUACAAUAAUCAUGUAUUGAAAAAUAGAAUAUUUCUGAUUUGAAUAAAUUAUAUCAUUAAA